GCUUCUCCAAAAUGAAGAGUAUGGUGAAAAGAAAGCUGAAAGGGAAAAUCAAGAGAGACACUUUGCUCCAGAAUGCAUGGAGUUUACUCAAAAUCACAAUACUAGAAGUCCAGUUAGUAUGUGUACCCAAAAGGAGGAAAGGUACCAUUAAGUCGAGGAAGAAGACUUCCUUCCAAAAUUGCCCAAAUGAAGAGAACAGAAAGGAACACAAACUGUGGCAAAAGAAAUGCAAAGUGACAAUAAGGGAAGUGAAAAGAGAGUUUGAGGAACAUUUAGCUAAAAGCAUCAAGGGGAAUAACAAAAACUCAGAAGCAGGAAAUCUGCCAUAGAGGCAGUUGGGCUGUUCGACAAUGAGGGAGUGAAAGGGAUUAUUAAGGAUAAUAUGGCGGUUGCAGAGAAACUAAAUGAGUUCUUUGUGUCCGUCUUCACGGCAGAGGAUACUGAGCUUAUACCUGUUCCUGAACCAGGCUUUUCAGGGAUGGAGGCUAAAGAACUGAGUCAGAUAGAAGUGACAAGAGAUGAUGUUCUAAACUGUCUGGAAAAAUUGAAAACUAGCAAAUCGCCAGGGCCGGAUGGCAUUCAUCCAAGAGUCCUCAAAGAACGCAAAUGUGAAAUUGCUGACCUCCCUGCAAAAAAACCCAAAAACUUAUCCCUGCAAUCAGGUUCUGUGUUGGAGGACUGGGAAGUAGCAAAUAUAACACCUAUUUUCAAAAAGGGAUCCAGGGGCGAAAAGGGAAAUUACAGGCCGGUGAGCUUAACGUCUGUUCCGGCAAAUUGAUGGAUAGCAUCCUCAAGGAUAAAAUCGUAAAGCACAUAGGACAACAUACCCUACUGGGAGAGAACCAGCAUGACUUCUGCAAAGGGGAUGUGUGGGAGAGGACAACUGAAAAGGAAGCACAUCGGGAGAUGGAGGAAAGCAUGAAGCGUCCAGAUGUGAGAGAGAACAUUGAGAGUCCAGAUGGAUUAAAGAAACCAGAGAAAAACAAAACAGAGGAGGUCUUUGCUUGCCCAGGUUAUGACAUCCACGAAAUUCCUGUCCAACAGAAAAUGCAGAAAGGAAAUAAUGAAUGCCCUGUAUGUGGGAAAACCUUCACCCGUAAAUCGAGCCUUGAUAUUCACUGGAAAAUCCACACAGGAGAAAAACCAUUUGUAUGCCUAGAAUGCGGAAAGAGCUUCAGCCAGAGCGCACACCUUACUUCCCAUCACAGAAUCCACACAGGAGAGAAGCCAUUCCAAUGCCUGGAGUGUGGAAAGAGUUUCAGUCGAAGUGAUAGCCUUACUUCGCAUCAAAAAAGACAUGCAAGGGAGAAACCCUUUAAAUGCCCGGAGUGUGGGAAAAGCUUCAGUGUCAGCUCAGACCUUAUUAAACAUGAAAGAAUCCACACAGGAGAGAAACCCUUUAAAUGCCUGGAUUGUGGAAUGAGCUUCAGCCGGAGCGAUGGGCUUACUUCGCAUCAAAGCAGCCACAGAGGAGAGAAGCCAUUUAAAUGCCUGGAGUGUGGAAAGAGCUUCAAUCAGAGCACACACCUUACGUUCCAUCUCAGGACCCACACAGGAGAGAAACCGUUUAAAUGCUUAGAAUGUGGGAAGAGCUUCAGUCGGAGUGAUGCGCUUGCUUCACAUCAGAGAAGUCACAGAGGGGAGAAGCCCUUUAAAUGCCUGGAAUGUGGGAAGAGCUUUAGUCAUGGUGGAACCCUUAACUCCCAUCUGCGAAGACAUGCACAAGACAAACCCUUCAAAUGUCUCGAAUGCGGAAAAGGCUUCAGUGAGAGUUCAGAUCUUAUUAAACAUGAAAGAACCCACACCGGAGAGAAACCCUUUAAAUGCCUGGAGUGUGGAAAGAGUUUCAGUGCAAGCUCGGACCUUAUUAAGCAUAAAAGAACGCACACGGGUGAGAAACCAUUCGAAUGUCUGGAGUGUGGAAAGAGAUUCAGUCGGAGUGAUGGUCUUGCGUCCCAUCAGAAACGCCACAGAGGUGAGAAGCCCUUUGAAUGCUUGGAAUGUGGAAAGAGCUUCAGUCGGAACGAUGGGCUUACUUCACACCGGAGAAGUCACCUGGGGGAGAAACCAUUUGAAUGCCCAGAGUGUGGGAAAAGCUACAGUGCAAACUCAGACCUUCUCAAACACAAAAUAAUGCACACAGUAAAGGACUCUUUUAAGUCCCCAGAAUGUGAAAAGAGCUUCAGUCAGUGUGAUGGUCUUACUUCACAUCAAAUAAUGCAUGUAGUAGGGAAUCUAUAGAGAAGUUCAGGAGAUAGAAAAUUAAACUUUAUUACACAUCACUUAUGGAAAAAACCUUUAGAUGCUCAUGCUUCUUACAUGUAGUAAGAAGUUUCUGUGAUGGAUCAGCUUUAAAAUACACAAAAAUUCACACAGGGAAGAAACUGGCUGGGGUUCGAAAAGUGCUUCAGUGUAAGAAACCACCCAGAGACAGAAGAUUGGGGCGGUGUACAAAUAUGAUGGGUGAAUAGAUAAAUGAAUGCACAAAGAUAACCAGAGAUUUUGUGAUUUAAAUUCAGUCAUAUUGUAUCCUCAUCAGAAUGCAAAGAGAGGUAAAACUGUGUAGUGCACAGAAAUAACUAAGGUGGAUGAUCCACCUUUAGGGAUGUGCACGAAUUGAGAUUUGAGCACUCAUUUGAAGCCAAACUGGUUCAUGAGGUGACCGAACUGAUUUGACUGGUGGAGUGCAUUGCCGGGGGUGGUGGUGAGUGGCACCUUUAAAAGUGAGGAGAGCAGAUCUUCCAUGCAGCUUCCUGUUGUGGUGGUACACCCCUCCCCCCAGCAGUCCUUGUGUCUCCAUGGCACAGCGGCGACACACACAUGGCCAUGCGCAUGUGUGAAGGCCAUGUGUGUGCCACUGCCAUGCUGCCACUGUGCAACAGUGCACGGAACCGGGUGGGCCCUGUUCAAAGGUGGGGUUGUCUGUCUUUAAGGAUGGGGGAGGGUGCAUUUACUCCUCCCUCUGCUUUCCCCCCGUCAGCACUUGGUUUUCUCAAAGUCCAUCGGGGCCUGAUACGUGCAGGCACAUCAAGUACUGGUUACUUCCAGUAAACAGGGCAAUGGGGCGGCAGGGAGGUACCCUGCCGCCCUGAUGGACUUUGAGAAAACCAAGCGCCAGCGGGGGGAAAGCAGAGGGAGGGGGUAAAUGCACCCUCCCCUGCCCUUAAAGGCAGACACACACCCCUUCGAACCGGCCAGUGUUUGAACCUAUUCGGAGGCCCAUAAAAGGGCCUCUGAACAGGCUCGUGCACAUCCCUACUGUGCGAGGGCUGCUAGCGGGAGAGCCAUCACAGCAGGAAGCUGCAUGCAGUGGCAGUGGCAUCUGCUCACUUUUAAAGGUGCUGCUCACCGCCCCUCCACCCAGCGCUGCGCUCCACCAGUCGGAUCAGUUUGGAGGCCCCACAAACUGGUUUGGCUUCGAAUCAGUGCUCGAACCUUGAUUCAUGCAUAUCCCUAUUUGCCACCUUAGACAUCCCCUAAUAACAACCGCAGAAGGUACUACCUACCAGUAUGUUAUUUUUGGAGAAAAAUUUCUGCUGGAAUCAACUUCUUCGAAUUCGGGUAUUUGCUCACACUUUCUCUUGUUCUUUGCAUAUUUCUAGAUGUUAACAGAAAUGUAAAGAGGGUGAUACUAUAGAUAUUUCUGUUACAGGGAAACCUGAAUCCAUUGACCCUCCUUCCUUUUUUUGAAAGCAUUUGGUGCGUGUGUUCAUUUUAUUCUUUCUAGGCAGCUUUCCCACCAAACAGCCUCGAACAUGGCAUACAACAAAAGAGGAGGGCAUCAUUGUUUUAUAUUAGCUGUUCUCUGUUCAUCUGGUAAGGUGUUGAAUUUUACUGGGGAAAUCCUACAUUUUCGGUUGUGUUUUUUUUAAGUGAACAGUUCAGCUAAUUUGUAAAUCUCUUUGCUACUUUUUCAAUUGCUAGGGAUGAAAUUCACCCACGGCUGCCAUCUUUUGCUCUUAAAGACAUCAUAUGUUCAGUGCAAGAGUGCGGCAAGGUCUUGGUGAGGAUCGUGUAUUUCAUUUGCUGCCUCUUCCAUGAUGAUUCCAAUAGUUCACCUUGUGCAUUGAAUGCUGGAGCGGUGAUUGGAAUAAAGCAAGGGUUUGGCAAUUUUGGGGAAGGAAGCUGGAGGGUGUUUGAAAGAAGCAUUUGUUCUCAUCAACCCAUUUUCCUCCAAUCUGGCUGCUUCCAGGCAAGGAAGCAUUGCAGUGUUUGUGGAACAGUACCAAAAUCUGCAAAAACCCUUGCUUGCCAGAGGCAAAAGUGAGAUGUCCAUGAACUCACGCCACAAUCUCAUUUCCAGACCACCUUGGCAGACUCUUGGCUCUCUCCUGUCUAAACUCCAUUCUCAAGUUUCUGAUCAUGCCUCUCUCUUUAGUUCAGGCCUGCUCAAUUUAGCCCCCCCCCCAGGUGUUUUGGACUACAGCUCCCAUAAUCCCCAGCCAUAGUGGCCAACAGCCAGGGAUUAUGGGAGUUGUAGGACAACAUCUGUAGGAAAUUGUGCAGCCCUGUCCUAUUUGCAGCUGGGCAUGAACUUGUAAUAUUCAAUGAACCUUCACAUUUGCAUGGAAGUCAGGUGUAGGGGGAAAUGAUUUCUUUCUGCUGUGGUCAGCUGAUGCUUGUGUUGCUUCAGUGUUAUCAGGAGUUGUUAAACAUGAAGGGUUGUUUUUUCUACCACGGUUAGAAGGAAAAGAUGCUGUGUGUCUGGGAAUAUUUUCGGAAGAUUUGCAAGUGAUGCCUAUUAAACAGCACUUAACCCA